AUUUUAUUUUUCUUUGAUUAUUUUAAUUUAUGCUUUUGUGGUGGGGGAAGUUGACUGAUACUGCGAACCCAUAUGUUUUAUUGUUGAUUGAUGGCUUCAGUGUUCAUCUUUUUAGAUGCUGGAUAUUUAUUGCUUGCUCUUCUUCUAUUCUUCUUGUUUAAUGUAGCAGAAAGUUGGUGAUUAUAUGGGAGAACAAUGCUCACUGUGAUUAUUUAGUAAUCUUUAGUUUAUGAUUUUAUCUGCAAUUUGGAACAAAAGAAUUCUACAUUUACAACUGAUGGUUGGAUUUUGGGUGAAUUUCAAUUUUCAAGCCAGCGUUAAUGAUGCUUAGCUGUUUGCUGAUGAACUUGAAUUAAGGUGUUGGAAUUUCCUUUCAUGAGCAGAAUAUUACUAGCAAAAAAUUGACAAGUAGUAUUUUUUUUAUUACUUAUAUUAUUUUCAUUUUUGAGAAGAAGAAUUGACAAGUAUGAGUAAUGUGAGUAAUGGGCAAAAGAAAUCCACUCCAGAUGAGUGCGAAAAUUCUUCACCUCCUGAAAUGGAGCAAGCUAAGAUUAAUGAGGUGAGACAGCUAAUCGGGCCACUGUCUGGUAACCUCGCGGUUUAUUGCUCUGAUGCAUCUAUUUCAAGAUAUUUGAGAGCGCGAAACUGGAAUGUUAAGAAGGCCGUUAAAAUGCUUAAAGCAACUCUAAAAUGGAGGGAGGAGUUCAAGCCAGAAGAGAUUUGUUGGGAUGACGUAGCAGGAGAAGCAGAAACCGGGAAGAUCUAUAUAUCGAAUUACAAAGAUAAGAAUGGAAGGCCGGUCCUCGUCAUGAGACCUAGGUGCCAGAACUCAAAAUCGAUAAAAGGGCAGAUAAAAUAUUUGGUUUAUUGCAUGGAAAAUGCAAUUUUAGAUCUUCCUCCGGAACAAGACCAGAUGAUUUGGUUGAUUGAUUUCCACGGUUUCAAUGUUUCCCACAUAUCAAUCAAAGUUACACGAGAAACUGCCCAUGUACUGCAAGAGCACUACCCAGAGAGACUAGGCAUAGCAAUACUAUACGAUGCACCCAAGAUAUUUCAACCAUUUUGGAUGAUUGCCAAACCCUUCCUCGAGCCUAAAACGGCUAACAAAGUCAAUUUUGUGUAUGCGGAUGAUCCCAACACAAACAAGAUCAUGAGCGAGCUGUUCGACAUGGAAAUGGUGGAGUCUGCAUUUGGUGGGAAAGAUGACUCAGAUUUCAACAUCACAAAGUAUGCUGAGAGAAUGAGAGAGGACGAUAAGAGAACCCUUUCGUAUUGGAAAACGCCAUCCCCUGCAAUGCUAGUAGCUUCCCCAAGCUCGCAAAAUUUGAACUCAAAGAAAUCCGAUGAACGACUCAAGACUGAAGAUAAAGAGCACAUCACCUGAUACUUCUUUGAUCUGUAAUAGCUAGACACAUUUAUUCAAUUAGCACCUACUCUUAACUUAUCAACA